GGAAUAUCUAAACUCUCACUGCCAGGAAAAGGUUUUCUGUGUGAUCCUUGCACAACAAUUUUCUUGUGUAAUCAUUAACAGGGGAGGGAUCAUUGACCUACCAGUCUUGUAGGUUCACUGCUGCCUGCUUAUUGCACCAGCCUUGUGCACAGACAGAGCUCUGCAGGGGGAACCUGGGCAGCCCUUUGCAAAAAGCCAUGAUGCAGUGGAGGACUCUGUGUUGCAUACUCCUGGUUGGCGCAGUUGCUGUCACCUGCAAAGAAAAAGGACACGUAUCUGUUAUUCUUCUUGGGGCUACUGGAGACUUGGCUAAAAAAUACCUCUGGCAGGGACUCUUCCAGCUCUAUCUGAAUGAAGUCCCAAGGGGCCACACCUUCAGUUUUCAUGGAGCUGCACUGACUCCUCCAGAAAAAGCAGAGGCGAUAAUGUUCAAUUCACUCAAGUCUCUGAGCUGUCCAGCCGAUGUUGAAGCCGACAGGUGUGCUCUUUUGAAGGACCAGUUUCUAAAGCUCUCUCGUUACAGGCAAUUGAAGACUGCUGAGAACUAUACAGCAUUGCACCAGGACAUCCUUAUUUCCCUAGCAGAAGAAGACCUUCAUGAAGCUGGGAGACUUUUCUAUUUGUCAGUCCCUCCAUUUGCUUAUGCCGAUAUUGCUCGGAAUAUUAAUGCCAGCUGCCGUCCACCCCCUGGAGCAUGGCUACGUGUGGUGUUGGAGAAGCCCUUUGGGCAUGACUAUGAGUCUGCUAAGAAGCUGGCCAGUGAUAUGCAAACCUUCUUCCAAGAAGAAGAGAUCUAUCGGGUAGAUCAUUAUCUAGGAAAACAGACAAUUGAACAGAUUCUACCAUUCAGACGACGCAACCAAAAGCAUCUCGACUCAAUCUGGAACCGGCAGCAUGUGGAUAGAGUGGAAAUUGUCAUGAAGGAAACAGUUGAUGCAAAAGGCCGCACCAGUUUUUAUGAAGAAUAUGGUGUCAUACGUGAUGUUAUCCAGAAUCAUCUGACAGAAAUUUUGACCUCUGUUGCCAUGGAAGUGCCAAAUAAUCUUACCAGCUCCGAUGAUGUCCUGAGAGCCAAGUUGGAGUUAUUGGAUUCUCUGCACCCCCUGGAAGGCAGCAGUGCUGUCAUUGGUCAAUACCAAAACUAUGCGCAACAGGUCAGAGAGGAGCUAGAAAAACCUCCACAUUUUUUCACCAAAACACAGACAUUUGCAAGUGUCGUUAUCUAUAUUGACAACAUGCGGUGGGAAGGAGUGCCCUUUCUUUUGGUAUCUGGCAAAGAUUUGGAUGAGAGGACUUCAUAUGUCAGAGUUGUGUUUAAAGACCAGGCCUUCUGCCUGCAAAAAGAUUCAGCCCGGGACACAGUGAAAGAUCCAUGCAAGCCCAGGCAGGUUGUAUUCCACAUCGGACAUGGAGAGCUUGGCUUUCCGGCAGUGCUAGUAAGUCGAAAUUUAUUCAAACCAAGCCUUGUCCCCAGCCAGUGGCAAGAAGCUCCUGAAGUCCCGAAUGCCUUGUCUUUGUUUGGGCAACCUUUAUCUGAUUAUUAUGUGUACCGUCCAAUUCAAGAAAGAGAGGCUUACUCCAUACUAAUCUCAAAUAUUUAUCGGGGUAAGAAGGAAUCCUUCAUCACAACAAACAAUCUGCUGGCUUCCUGGAAGUUCUGGACUCCCAUCUUGGAGGAGCUGGAGAGAACUUCACCAAGAGUCUAUCCAGGAGGGUCCGAGACCAGUAAUUUGCUAGACUUUGUAAUAGAACAUGGUGGGCUACGUUUUCUGACAGAUGAAAACUUACAGAUAAUGGGCAUGGAGCAAAAUACAAAUGCAUUUGCUUCAACACAGUCUAAAUUCCUCGGGAGCACUAUGGUGUCUAACUGGGCUGAACAACUGAUAGAGAAACUAGCACAGGACAUACAAAGAGCAGCGGAAGAAGCCGUGAAGAGCUCAGGCAGUUUCCAUCUGGCUCUCUCUGGGGGUUCCAGCCCUAUCGCUUUAUUUCAGAGAUUGUCCAGGCACCAUCAUGGCUUUCCUUGGAAACACACUCAUUUGUGGAUGGUGGAUGAACGCUGUGUGCCAUUUACUGAUAUUGAGUCCAACUUUGGUAGCCUUGAAAGACAUCUGUUGCAGCAUGUCAGAGUCCCUUAUGUAAAUGUCCACCCAAUGCCUGUACAUAGGAACCAAAGAGUCUGUGCUGAGGAAGAUAUGGGUACUCAGGUCUACGCUCAGGAUAUCUCUGCCCUGGUCAGCAAUUCAAGCUUUGAUCUUGUACUAUUAGGGCUGGGUAAUGAUGGCCAUACUGCUUCCAUCUUCCCUGGCUCCCAGAAUGGGAUCACAGGAGAUGACUUGGUGGUAUUUUCAAGAAGUCCAAUAAAGCCCCAUGAUCGGAUGAGCCUUAGCCUUCCACUCAUUAAUAAAGCCAGAAAAGUCGCUGUUCUAGUUCUAGGUAAAGGGAAGCAUGAUAUUACAACUCUUAUUAGCAGAGCAGAAAGCAAUCCCAAUAAAUGGCCCAUCUUUGGAAUAAAACCAGCAUCUGGGCAGUUGGUAUGGUACAUUGAUUAUGAGACUUUGUUUAGGUAAACCAAAAAAAAGACAAUGUUCACGAAGUGCCUUUUUUUUUUUUUUCUUGAAGGGCUACACCACCAAAAAAAAGCUUUUUAGUGUUUGACAGAUGCCAGAGGGUGCAAUCGCCAUUUAUUUUGGGGACUGAAAUAUUGCAAUGUCUACUUCAUUUCAAAGUCUGCUCAUUUUUACAGCUAUAGGGCCCAUGUCACUCUAUUAAUCCUUUGUCAGCGACAGGAUUGCAAGCUGUCCAUUCACAUAUAGAUUUCUUUCAUUCAGCCUGGGGGCUGAACGGAAAAUCUAACCAGUGCCUGCAUUCAUGUUGGCAGCACAGAGACAAAUUCCCCCUCUGGGUUAUUGUAUUUUGACUGCUGGCGCAUUGCCGGAAUACCCAAACGGUGCUGCAUCUGAUUGGAUGCAGGUGCUGUUGGCCCAACAAAUGACUGGGUAUUCUGACAGGCAGUAGUUAAUUGACUUUUGUUAAAUCGAGCCGUGUCUGCAUGGCCAUACACUACCCAAAUUUAGUCUGAGCCUGCAUAAAUUGCCCAAAAUUCAAUCAGUCUGUGGCCGGCUUAAAGUGAUUGUAAAGGUUUUUUUUCUUUUGUUAUAAAAAAAA